AUGCGAAAGGCAGACGACAAUGGGGGACGUAGGUAUCGGGUGCGGAGGUACGAGAAAACGUCUGCUUCCCCUUCAUCUCCCUCUCUCACCUCACCGUCAUUAGUUGUUGCUCUAGCGAAUUUUAAUAUAUUGAAGUUUUCCCACGCAUGUGAAGGAAAGAGCUCGUGGCCGGAGCUCGUCGGAGCCCCAGGGACCUUGGCCGUGACCAUAAUCGAGAGGCAGAACCCUCUAGUUCACGCAGGAAUCGUACCGGAGGGGACGAUCGUCAUCCUCAACUUCGUUUGUAACAGGGUCCGGGUUUGGGUAAACAAGGCAGGCAUCGUUGUCACAACCCCCGUGAUCGGAUAG